AUGCAACAUCAUACCGUCAGAUUAUACUCGUUGCUGCUCAUGUUGUUGGUUAGCACAGCGUUGAUAUGUUCGACAUGGACUUUUUCAGCAGCUGUAGAAGGAUCAAAACUACCAAGAAUAACAACAACAACUAUGGAUUAUACUCCAUUAUUUAUGCACUUGGCAUUUACAUCAGUGCCGACUGAGAUGGUGGUUUCAUUUCAUACCAAUGAUUAUGAUGAAAAGAUUUUGGGUAAACCUUUUGUAAAAUAUGGAAAGGAGGAUACAUUAAAGAUUGGAGCUAAAGUUUCGUGGAUUGGAGCUGUGAUUACUCAAUAUGGUGAUGUGAAACAUACUGGAUACGAUUUUAAUAUUUUAAUGAAGGAUUUGGAAUAUCAAACCAAGUAUUAUUAUCAAGUUGGGUUUUUGGGAAGUAAUGUAACUUCUGGUGUUUAUAAUUUCCAUACCAGAACUGAUCCAAGAUCAAUUGAUAGUUUUGAAACUACAGUUGUCAUGUAUGGAGAUCAGGGAACAACCAAUUCAAAGUAUGCCAUUGCUCAAGUUGAGAAUUUUAUUCAUUCUUUUUACAAUGACAAGUCGGCAAAGAAUAUGUUUAUUUAUCAUUUAGGUGAUAUUUCAUACGCUGAUGAUUGGCCUGGAAUUUUAUAUCAAGUAAUCUGGGCUCGUUAUUUAGACAUGAUGUCAAACAUUAUGCCAUUUGUAUCUUACAUGACCUUGCCUGGAAAUCAUGAAAAGGGACCAAAAAUUCCACCUUAUCAUUCCUACGAAGAAGGAUUUGUUGCUUACAAUCAUAGAUUCUUCAUGCCACUCAGAAAUGAUUCUCGCUUUGGACAUAACAUGUGGCACUCUUUCCAACAUGGUCCAAUUACCUUUGUGAGUAUUGACACCGAAACCAAUUUCCCUCACAAUUUCUAUCCUGAGUACGAUUUUAAGGGAGAUCAAAUGAAGUGGUUAGACGAAACUUUGAGCAAAAUUGAUAGAAAGGUAACACCUUGGGUUAUAGUUUUAGGACAUAGACCAAUUUAUACUUCAAAGCAUGGAUUUAGUAAUGCUGAAGGUAUUCCAGAAGGUCAAGCCAUAAUUGUCCAAGAUGCAUUUGAAGAAAUAUUGUACAAGUAUCAUGUUGAUAUUGCCACAUUUGGGCAUGUUCACUCGUAUCAGAGAACUUUUCCUACGUACAAGUUACAAGUAGAAACCAAGACUAAUUAUCACAAUUUAAGAUAUCCUAUUCACAUUAUUAAUGGAGCUGGUGGUUGCUUGGAAGGAAUUACUAUUUUCAUGCACAAAUAUUCACCUUGGAGUGCAAAAAUUUUCAAUGAAGAUGAAGCAUAUGGAAUUUUGAGAACCUCCUAUAAUCCAACAACCAGAGUACACAAGAUUACCUUCAAUUUGCAUGCUGCUAAAACUAAUGAAAUUGUAGACACUGUAACAAUAACCAAAGAUGCCUAUUAAUAUAUUUACUGAACUAGUUUCAUCUCUUUUUGAUGAACAAGUAAAUUGUCAAUAACUUUAU